AAGCCCGGGGGCCGUGACUCCGGCAUCUCCACUGUCCACUCCACUCCACCGCCCCCACCUCCACGAGGGGCGACCCGAGAACACCACCACCACCACCACGCCCGCCAUGUGGCGCCGCCUCCAAACCCUAGCGCCCUCGCUCCGCCGCGCCGCCGCAUCGUCGUCCCCUGCCGCCGCCCGCGCCGCGCCCCUCUCCACGUCGCCGGCGGCCGCGUUCCGGCGCACGUCGGCCCUCCUCUCCUCUCCCGGAGACAAGCCGGCGCCAACCAAGGUCGAGGAUGUCAUGCCGAUCGCCACGGGGCUGGAGCGCGAGGAGCUCGAGGCGGAGCUCCAGGGGAAGAAGCGGUUCGACAUGGAUCCUCCCGUCGGCCCCUUCGGUACUAAGGAGGAACCAGCUGUGAUUGAAUCCUACUAUAACAAGAGAAUAGUUGGCUGUCCUGGUGGUGAAGGAGAGGAUGAACACGAUGUUGUCUGGUUUUGGUUGCAAAAGGAUAAACCGCAUGAGUGCCCAGUCUGCUCACAGUACUUCGUGCUCAAGGUCAUUGGUGAUGGGGGUGAUCCAGAUGGCCAUGAUGAUGAGGAUGGUCAUCACUGAGGCCUUGUGUCGAUAAUGAUAAUAAUAACUUUGUGAAACAUGGUUUUGGCCUAUCUUUGCAGCAUCAAACUGCCCUAUAGUGUUGUAAUUGAUUAGUGUUUGACCAUGAAGCAGGUCAGGUGGUGUUUUACACCUACGAAUUUUGUUCAGAUCGUUUUGACCAUACAGUUGCUUCUGUUUGGAAUGUACAUUUUUCUCUGGAGUGCAUCAUCAAAUAAAGGAUGAGUGCGUCGGUUUCACUAUAUUGACUA